AUGAGCAAGCGUUCCUACGGAGAGUCAUUAUCCCAAGGUGGCUCUCAGCCGCCAGAGCAUAUCGAUAACAAUCAUAUGCUGGCCAUCAACGACCUUUUGUCCCCCGAUCAGGAGCAACAAUCGGCCUCGUCAUCAAAGAAACCCCGUAAUUUCAUCGCCACUGUGGCUUGUGAAACAUGUCGACUCAAAAAGACCCGAUGCGACGAAUCCAGACCAAAAUGUGGCCUGUGCAAAGCUCUUGGUCUGGAGUGCGUCUACAAUGAACGGAAAUCCUCCAAACGAGAUCAUUCCCUGAGCUUGAUUAUGAGCACUCUCCAUCGGCUGGAGACCAAGCUUGAAAGUCUCCCUUUAACAAUAUGCCAUGACCUCCAGUCCCUCCAGGGACAGAUGCUCCGCGCCCUUGAGGAUCCUGCCGAGAUGGCAACCCCAGGACGCGCGAACCCAGCCGUCAACAAGCAAGCGUCGCUGGUGCAUUCUGUAUCGCAGAACCUCACUCCCGAUGCUGGAGAGCCCGAUGACUUUGAAUUCGAUGAGCGUGCAAAUGCGACCAAUCCGACGGGUCAGGUUUCGAUCUCUUUUAGCCAACACGGGGUCAUCCUAUGGCCCGGAGCCCGGGAAACUCUGCCAACGAGACUUCUCGAGGCCCAUGAACGGUUGGGGAAAAACUAUGUGAUCGAUACGGAAAUGAAGAGGCCCCAGCUCCCCAUGUACAUCUCCCCGUUUCCGCCACAGGCCGGGAAUGACUGGCUGGAGGCGCUUCCCCUCGCCAUGGUCAAAGGUCUUUCCGAUGCUUUUUUCUCAACCUUUAACCCGUUCACCCCCAUCAUGGACAAGAAUUUCUACUUCGCACUUACGGUUGGAGCUGCGAUCGAGGAUGGCUUUGGCUAUACAAUGGAGAGCUGCUUAGUUCUCAACGUCAUGGCCCUGGGAUGUCUCGCCGUUCAGGCCCAUAGAGAAGGCAACUAUCCGUUGCCUGGCACUCGGAGUGGUCAAUUCGACCCCCCGGAGUGGUUGGAUGUGAUUUACGAGGAUCCGCCGGGACUGCGUUUCUUUAACGAAGCUCGCCGCCGUAUCGGGUUUUUGAUGUGCAAUAAUGAUCUCCAAAGCUGCCAGUUUUAUCUUUUAUCAUCUGUUUACUACAGUCAGAUACUUCGAGUUAUGGAUUCGUGGGCUAUGCUUCACCGCGCGGCUACUUGCUGCCUAUCAAUGUUGACCAACCACGAUGUCAAUUUCAACGAAUGGGAGGGCGACAUGAAGUCGCGCGUCUACUGGAACUGCGUGAUGAACGAGACCAUUCUCGUGCAAGAAUUGCAUCUUCCCCCAAGCGGACUGGCUCGACUCGAGGAAUUCGUACCGAUUCCAAAAUUCAUCGGUUUUGCAACUGUUGGCCUCGGUCCUUCCAGGGCCUCUUCCACGGAUGAGAUCGACGAUUCUUUUUUCCAAUAUCACUUCCUCGCGCAGGUCGCUCAUCGUAUCAUCCUAACCCGUAUCCGGCAUUCCUUAUACUUCUACUCCGACUCGGGAACAUUCCCACUGCCUGCGAUCAACGCAGAGCUUCAUCACCAACUGGAUCAAUGGCGCCUCAAUCUGCCGCCGGCGCUUCAGUUCUCCGACACUCUUCCAACUACGCCGGCGGCUGACACGCCGGCUGCCCCGUCUCCAUCCCCGAUAUCGCCCCUUCCCCUCGACCCCAACCGUCCUCUAUCGCCGGCAGUCGCCGUGUCGGAGGCCAUGCUCCGCGGCCGAUACAAGAUCGCCAAAUUUCACAUCGGUCGUCCAUACCUAUACAAAGCGCUCCGCAUCCCGGGCUCGCUCUCGGACGAAGACCUCGACCAGAUGCGCAGCGGCCUCCGCAACGCCAUGGACUGGCCCGUUGUCGGGGGUAUCUUCCGAGCGAUGAAGAGCUGUAUCCCGAUCAAAUUCGCCUUUUGCUCUCAAUUCUUCGGCCAAAUCCUCCUCUUCUACUGCAUCUCUCACUCCCCUGACCCUCGCCUUCGAAGCACCCUCCCUACCGGCUGGGAACGAUGGAACCACGAAAUGUUGCGUUUCCUGGAAGACUGCGCGCCUUAUAGUCCGGCUGUUGCGAAAGAUUUGGAACUUUUGCGACUGUUGUGA